AUGCGCCUGCCGUGGGCCACCUCCCACAGCGGCCUGGCCUGGGGGUUACUCAUCCUGGGCAUCUGGGGUCUCCUGGCCGCGGCCCAACCCCAGCUGGAGAGGGAGGGGCCCAUGCAGGGGCUCCCAUACCACACAGAGAACCAAAGCUGCGGAGACCAGGAAAAGGAGUACUACGAGUCCAAGCUUCGCCUCUGCUGCUCUCGAUGCCCCCCGGGCAUGCACAUCUCCACCAAAUGUAGCCGCCUCCAGAACACCGUCUGUGCCACGUGCCCCGAGAAGUCGUACAAUGAGCACUGGAACCAUCUCUCCUUCUGCCAGCUGUGCCGCCCCUGUGACAAGAUGCUGGGCUUCGUGGAGCUCAUGCCUUGCACUAGCAACCGCAAGACCCAGUGUCACUGCCAGCCGGGGAUGUACUGCGUCUUUUGGAACUCUGAGUGUGAGCACUGUGAGCCACUCUCCGACUGCCCGCCUGGCACUGAGGCCGAGCUCAAAGAUGAAGUCACGGAGGCUAACAGCAACUGUGUCCCCUGUAAAGCUGGACACUUCCAGAACACCUCCUCUCCCACCGCCCGCUGCCAGCCCCACACCAGGUGUGAGGACCAGGGCCUCGUGGAGGAAGCCCCGGGCACCCCCCAAUCUGACACCAGUUGCAGAAAUCCACAAGAGCCCUCCGACAUGCCAGGAAUGAUGCUCGUGCUGGCCAUCCUGCUGCCUCUGGUCUCGUUCCUGCUCCUCACCACCGUCUUCAUCUACACCUGGAAGAGCCACCCCUCUCUCUGCAGAAAGCUAGGAUCCCUGCUCAAGAGGCACCCAGAGGGAGAGGAAUCGAAUCCUGCUGAUGGAAACUGGGAGCCCCCAAGGUUCAAUACACACGUUCCUGACCUGGUAAAGCCGCUUCUGCCUGCCCCUGGAGACUUGGCCCUGGCCUCGGCCAGCGUCCCAGCGAACCCGGGUUUGGAGGAAGAGGUGCUCCAACAGCAGAGUCCCCUGAGCCAGGCCAGGGACCUGGAUGCUGAGCCCCCAGAACAAGGCCAGGUGGCCCCUGGCACCAACGGCAUUCAUGUCACCGGCGGCUCUGUGACCGUCACCGGCAACAUCUACAUCUACAACGGGCCGGUCCUGGGGGGAGCCCGGGGCCCCGGAGACCCCCCCGCCCCCCCAGAGCCUCCGUACCCCAUCCCCGAAGAGGGUGCCCCCUGCCCUCCCGGGCUCUCCAUGCCCUACCAGGAGGAUGGCAAGGCUUGGCACCUGGCUGAGACAGAGACACUGGGGUGCUACGCCCUCUGA